UUUCCGAGUUGUGGGCCUCAGCACGUCAAUUGUGUAUGUAAUUCGAAAGAAUAAGAUAUUAAUUACAAGAAGGCCUCAAAUAUUUCAGAUUGAGCAUCCUUCAGUGUUACAAUGAGUGAUGAAGAACCAGAUUAUAUGUCUGAAGAUUUCCUGAAAACCUGCACGUCAGUGGACGUGCGGCCGGGCCUCCAGUUUCGACGGGAGACCGAGCGGCGCCACCGGCUGGAGCGGCAGCGCGAGGAGCAGGCUGAGCGGCACCGUGUGCAGAACCGGCCCCGCCACCAGCUGGAGGCUGAGCACCGCGACCGCGCCCUGGAUCAGCCCAUCGACUCUAGCAACAAGGGCUUUGCGUUGCUUCAGAAAAUGGGAUACAAGCCAGGCAUGGCCAUUGGCAAGCAAGGCGACGGCCGGACGGAGCCGAUUCGACCCGAGGUCAAGCAGGGCCGUGGCGGCCUGGGUCGCGAGGCCGCCCUCCAGGCCGUGCAGCGGCGCAAGCAGGAGAUCCGCGCGCGCGCCGCCGAGCGCCGCGAGCGCGCCACCUCCGCCGCUGAGUUCCGGCGUCGGCUGGCCGACAAGAUGGCCGACCGUCACGUGACGGCCGACCUGAUGAAGAGCCAGCGCGUCUGCCAGCAGCUGGAUACCAAGAUAGGCGUGGACGCACCGGCCGAUGCCUGGUUCUGGCCACCGCCUCUCGCCGACGAAAACGCCGAGGAGGAGGCGGACGGGGAGGAGGAGGAGCCGCUCCCCUUCUCGCCGUCCGAGCAGCUGGAGAUGUUGACAGACUACCUGCGCCGCUCACACCUCUACUGCAUCUGGUGCGGCUGCGCCUACGACGACGGCGAUGAUCUCAAGGAGAACUGUCCCGGCAGCACGCGGGACGACCAUUAGCGAUCGCGGGGCGGACUGGUCCCGUGAUCACCACUGGUCAUCAGUGAACGGACUCUCCCUGCGUGGCUCGGGAUGAUCACGAGCGAUAAUCGAUGGACGGGCUGUCCUUGUGCCACCCUGGACGAUUUCUGCUGUUGGUCGCUGCGUGGAUCGCCCCAGCGGCACGCGAGAAUAUUACAGUGCUGCUGUGGUGCAGCGAUUUCGCGGUUAGGGCCCGAGCUGCAGCAAGAUGGUUGUUCUUUGAGAGCGUAUCUUGGUGCGUCGUGUAAUAAACAUGUAUUGUCAUGGA